UUGGUCUCUCAAGACGUUACGGCAAAGUAUUCUGUGAAAGUUAAAAUGUCUUUUGAAAAUGCCAAAGCAUAUUCUGAGGGAAACAAUUACACCAAAGUCUACACGAAAGUGCUCUUGGAUGAGUUCUUCGACUGGAUAGAGUGGCGAAAGGAUGGAAAGGAUUCGGUUUUGGAUAUCGGCAGCGGACCUGGAAACACAAUUCGCGUGGCUUUGUAUCCUCGAUUGUCGUCCAACUUCUCCAGACUCGUGCUUUCGGACAUCUCUGAGCCAAUGGUUGAGCUGCAGAAGAGGGAAUUUGCUGGAAUUGGACGAGUUUCGUGCGAAGUUUUGGACAUUGGAGUGGAAAUUGAUGGGAAUUUGGCGAGAAAACUCGGAACUUUCGAUCAUGUGACGUCAUUCUUCUGCUUGAUGUGGAUUAAGGAUCAGCAGCAGGCCAUGGACAACAUCUAUAGCCUUCUUAAGCCCGGUGGCGAUUGCUUCCUCGUAAUUGUGGCCGAUUCUCCGGUUAUCGAUGCAAUCUUGUCGGUUUGUGAGAAGCCUCGAUGGAAGGAAUAUUUCACAGGAUGGCAGGAUUUCUACGUUUAUCCUUACAGGAUGCUUGACGAGGCCAAAGCCAAAGCAUUGAAGUUCAUGGAGAGAUCAGGAUUCGAGGAUCUAAAAGCAGAAUUCAGGCAAGAUCCUUUCGAAUUUGGCUCUGAUAAGGCAAAAGAGAAUUUCCUCAAAUCAAUGCCGAGUAAAUUCGCCAAGAAUGUUACAGCAGAAGAAGAGGAGGAAAUCUUCCAAGAACGUCUUCAAUACUUCGAUCAAUUUGUGCUUGGACAGUAUCGAGAUAAUGCUGGGAGAAUCGAAAAACCCAAUACUUAUUUGAUUUUGUAUGGAAAGAAGAAUAAAUGAUCAAAGUGAAAAAAGUGUGCUUUAAAGGCAUAACUUUC